GAUCUUGUCUAGACAAACACAAGGAAACAAGGUCUUAAGGGGGAGGAGGAGUUGCUGAACUUUGAUGGUGAGAGUGAGAAAGCACCAAAAAUGGCGCCCAAAAAGAAUCAGAAACAGACCCGAAAGCCCCAACCUUCUUCAUCAUCAUCAUCAUCAACCGCUCCAAGGCUGCAAAUCUCAGCCGAGAACGAGAACCGUCUCCGCCGUCUACUCCUCAACUCCGCCCCACACCCUCCUCCUUCGACGGCGGCGGACGACGACACCCAAACCCUAACCCUAACCAAAUCCCAGAAGGCCAAGAAGCUCAAAUCCAUUUACGAGAAACUCUCCUGCGAAGGUUUCACCAACCACCAUAUCGAGCUCGCUCUCUCCGUUCUCAAAGACGCCGCCACCUUCGAAUCUGCCCUCGAUUGGCUUUGCCUCAAUCUGCCCAGUGAUGAACUUCCCCUCAAAUUUUCCACCGGUGCUUCGUCGUUUGACAAAGGGGGUUCUGUUGGUGUUGUUGUUUUCCAAAAUUCAACAACCACAGCUACUAAGGAUGAUGAAGCAGAAGCAGCAGCAGAAGCAGAAGAAGAAGCUGUAGAAACUCAGUUUUUGAUCAAGAGAAGACAGUUGAAUGAUGGUGGUGGUGGUGGUUUAGAUUCUUCAUUUCAAAAGUCUCAAGCUGAUUGGAUUAAGCAAUAUGUGCAGCAACAGGAAGAGGAGGAAGAGGAAUCUGAGAAUUGGGAGGAUGAAUAUGACUUCAAUUGCGGUGCGAGAAGUAAUAGGAUCAAGCAACAACCUAGGUCUUAUGAUGUUAUUGCUCAAGAGUAUCGUGCUGCGAGGUUGGAAGCGGCGAGGGCCAAGGAAAAAGGGGAUAAGAAGCAAAAGGAGCAGGCGGGGAUUGUCAUCCGGGAAUUGAAACAGGAGAUGUCUGCUCUAGGAUUGUCAUAUGAAAAUUUGGAGUUAGAAUAUAAUGAGGAGCAUGGUAAGAUCAGUUCUGACCCUGCAUCUGAGAGGGGUAAUGAGCCUUUUGAUUGUGUUGGAGAUAAUACCCCAUGUGAUGUGGGAGGUGAUUCGGUCGUUGCUUUGCCUUCUGAUGGAAAAUUAGUUGAUGAAGAUGAUGUGGAGGAGGAGGACCAUAGCAAGGAGGAAAAUCUACAUGUUGAAAGGGAUUCUGCUAAAGGAGAGGGUGGAGACAUUGAGCUUGGUGGGUUCUUCAUGGAGGAUGUGCCAUCCAAUGAAAUGUUGAAAGCGCAGAAGCAAGAGAAAAUUAAGAGGUUAUCGGAGACGAAGGAUAGUAGGAAGGAGGAAGAUCCACAUGUUGAAAGGGAUUCUGCAGAAGGAGAGGGUGGGGACAUUGAGCUUGGUGGGCUCUUCAUGGAAGAUGAGGCAUCCAAUGAAAAGUUAGCUUCUGAUAUUUUGAAAGCACAGAAGCAAGAGAAAAUUAAGAGGUUAUCUGAGGAGAAGAAGAGUUUGGAGAAAUUAGAUGGCAUUUGGAAGAAGGGGGACCCUCAAAAGAGUCCAAAGGCUAUUCUUCAUCAAAUGUGCCAGAGAUCAGGGUGGGAUGCUCCGAAGUUCAAUAAAGUUCUUGGCAGGGGAAAGAGUUUCUCCUAUACUGUGAGCAUUUUGCGUAAAGCUAGUGGGAGGGGCAAGAGCCGAAAAGCUGGGGGGCUGGUCACAUUUCAGCUUCCAGAUCAGAAUGAGACCUUUGAAUCUGCUGAGGAUGCACAGAAUAAAGUGGCAGCAUAUGCUUUGUUCCAGCUGUUUCCUGAUACCCCGGUUCAUCUUCCGAUUACCGAGCCUUAUGCUUCAUUUGUUAUUAAGUUGAUGGAAGGGGAAUCAUCAACCAAGCUAGAAGACAGUGAGGAAGACCAUAGGUCUCGUUUUGUGGAUUCAUUAUUACUUGGCAAUGGUUCUGGUGAAACUGCGUCUGUUGAUGUUACAGAUUGCAAGCCUCCUGAAUCCUUUGUUAGACAAGAUGAAAAUAAAAAUUCAACCCAUUCUAGUCCUCAACCAUUUUCUCAGAGAGAAAUCCAUAUGAAGGAAAUGGAGAGUGCUGAGUUGAGAAAAGCCCAAGGUAAUAAAAUGAGAAGCCAAAGAUACCAGGAUAUGUCAAAAUUUAGAGCUACACUUCCCAUUGCUGCACUAAAGGGUGAUAUAUUGCAAUUACUAAAGGAAAAUGAUGUACUUGUCGUUUGUGGGGAAACAGGCUCUGGAAAGACAACUCAAGUUCCACAAUUUAUAUUGGAUGACAUGAUUGAGUCAGGACUUGGCGGACACUGUAACAUUGUUUGCACACAGCCAAGGAGAAUAGCGGCUAUUUCUGUGGCUGAAAGAGUUGCAGACGAGAGGUGUGAACCUUCACCGGGUUUGCAAGGUUCCUUGGUUGGCUAUCAAGUUCGUCUUGAUAGUGCCAAGAAUGAGAAAACAAAGCUUCUGUUCUGUACAACUGGCAUCCUUCUGAGAAAAUUGAUGGGGGACCGAAACUUGACUGGCAUUACUCAUAUCAUAGUUGAUGAAGUACAUGAGAGGUCUUUAUUGGGUGAUUUUCUUCUAAUUGUGUUAAAGGAUCUAGUUGAGAAGCGGUCCACUGAAAGUUCUACGAAACUGAAGGUCAUUCUAAUGUCUGCGACAGUUGAUGCAACUUUAUUUUCAAGAUACUUUGGCCAUUGCCCUGUAGUUACUGCAGAAGGUAGGACUCAUCCAGUGACAACAUCCUUUCUUGAGGAUAUAUAUGAUCAGAUUAAUUAUCGACUUGCUUCAGAUUCUCCAGCUUCUUUAGCAUAUGGAGGGUUUCCCAAAAGACAGAAUUCACAGAAAGGUUCUGUGACAAAUAGCAGGGGGAAGAAGAAUCUAGUCUUAUCUGGAUGGGGUGACGAGUCUCUGCUUUCUGAAGAAUCUUCUAACCCAUAUUUUGUUCCAAGUAAUUAUCAAUCAUACAGUGAACAAGCCCAACAAAAUCUAAAAAGAUUGAAUGAAGAUGUCAUUGAUUAUGAUCUUCUUGAAGAUCUAAUAUGUUUCAUUGAUGAAACUCAUGGUGAGGGUGCCAUCCUUGUAUUCUUGCCUGGAGUGUCUGAAAUAAACAAUUUAUAUGAUAAGUUGGUGGCUUCAUACCAAUUUGGUGGGCAAUCUUCUGAUUGGGUCAUUCCUUUGCAUUCAUCAGUUGCAUCAACUGAACAGAAAAGGGUGUUUCUACGCCCUCCUGGAAAUAUACGUAAGGUUGUUAUAGCCACAAAUAUAGCAGAGACCAGCAUAACAAUAGAUGAUGUGGUAUAUGUAAUUGACUGUGGAAGGCAUAAGGAGAAUCGAUAUAAUCCACAGAAGAAAUUGUCUAGCAUGGUUGAAGAUUGGAUUUCUCAAGCAAAUGCAAGGCAGCGUCGGGGUAGAGCUGGACGGGUAAAGCCUGGAAUUUGCUUUUGCUUGUAUACUCGCCAUAGAUUUGAAAGACUCAUGCGCCCUUAUCAGGUUCCUGAGAUGCUUCGUAUGCCAUUAGUCGAAUUGUGUCUGCAGAUUAAGUUACUAUCACUUGGACAUAUAAAACCAUUUUUGUCUGAGGCUUUAGAACCUCCCAAGAAUGAAGCAAUGGAUACAGCAGUAUCUUUAUUGUAUGAGGUAGGUGCUCUUGAAGGGGAUGAAGUGUUGACGCCUCUUGGACAUCAUCUGGCAAAACUUCCUGUUGAUGUAUUGAUUGGGAAGAUGAUGCUGUAUGGUGCAAUAUUCGGUUGCUUGUCUCCUAUUCUUUCGGUUUCUGCAUUUCUCAGUUACAAGUCUCCAUUUAUUUAUCCUAAGGAUGAGAAGCAAAAUGUUGAAAGAGCCAAAUUAGCAUUGUUAAAUUAUAAGAUAGAUGGAUCUGGUGACACAAAUGACAUGGAUCGUCAAUCUGAUCACUUAUUAAUGAUGAAAGCUUAUGAAAAAUGGGAGAAAAUUUUGAAUCAGAAAGGAACUAAAGCCGCGCAGCAAUUUUGCAAUUCAUAUUUCUUGAGCAGCUCUGUGAUGUUAACUAUAAGGGAGAUGAGGGUGCAGUUUGGAACUUUGCUAGCAGACAUUGGUCUCAUCUCUCUCCCGAAGGAUUAUCAGAAGGAUGGAAAAAAGAUAGCGAAACUUGACAGUGUUCUUUGUGAUGCAUCACAACCAUUUAAUAUAUAUUCACAUCAUUCUUCAGUUCUGAAGGCUAUACUAUGUGCAGGUUUAUACCCCAAUGUAGCAGCUGGUGAGCAAGGCAUUGUUGCAGCAACUCUCAGCAGCCUUAAGCGGUCUUCGAGCAAUGCAUAUUCUGGUCGCACGCUCUGGUUUGAUGGAAGAAGAGAAGUUCAUGUCCACCCUUCUUCUAUCAACAGUAACACAAAAGCAUUCCAAUACCCCUUUAUUGUGUUCCUUGAAAAGGUUGAAACAAACAAGGUGUUUCUGCGAGAUACUUCAGUGAUUUCGCCAUACUCUAUUUUGCUCUUUGGAGGGUCAAUUAAUGUCCAGCAUCAGACUGGACUGGUCGCCAUUGAUGGAUGGUUGAAAUUGACUGCACCUGCCCAAAUAGCUGUCUUGUUCAAGGAGUUACGAUUGAGACUCCAUUCCAUUCUGAAGGAGCUUAUCAGAAAACCGGAGAACGCCAUUGUCGUGAAUAAUGAGAUCAUUAAGUCUAUUAUCAAUCUGCUUUUAGAAGAAGGCAAUGUGCCUAAAUGAUUGAGCAUCAACUCAUGUGAUCUAAAGCAUUUAUUUAAACUAAACUCUGCCAGUUAUUCUGUUUGUGUAAAAGUAACUGAGAUUUCUCCUCCCUGAAAAGGAAAAAACCCCUUUUGGACCUUGUUGCUUCUUCCAGUCAUUUGACCAUUGAAUAUGACAAGUGAAGUCAAUUAACCAGUUCUGAUCAUGUUUGUGACUGUAGUUCAAUGGUAAAGGAGUAGCAUAUUCAGUUUCUAGCUAGGUAUAGGUUUUAUUCAAGCAUAGACCAGGUGAACAUUGAGAAAGCUGCCUCCUUUUGUCGUGACUGUUGUGUUUGCAACAUAAUAACAUAUACACAAUUACACA